UCCCCUCUUCUUACAUGGAGCUUUUCGCCGCAGCAGAGCAGCUGAACUGACGAGGAAGAGUCCCCAGAAAUGGCCAAAACGCAGGAAGUGGAGCGCAUCGCCAAAAAGCUGGAUAAAAUGGUGCACAAGAAAAACACGGACGGCGCUCUUGAUUUACUGAGGGAACUGAAGAACAUGAAGAUGUCUCUGGAAACUCUGCAGUCAACCAGAGUUGGGAUGUCGGUGAACGCGGUGAGGAAGCAGAGUUCAGAUGAGGAAGUUCAGACUCUGGCCAAAACUCUCAUCAAGUCCUGGAAGAAACUCCUGGAUGGCGCAGAAGGGAAGCCUGAUGAGAAGAAGAAGGAAGGCUCUCUGGUGAGGUCAACGUCUACCUCCAAGGACUCCGGCUCCACUGAGAAGAGCAGUGAGAAGUCUGUGGAGACCCCGACCACGCACCGGUUCACCUCGUUCCCCCCCGUCCCCGUCACUACGGACAACGUGCGGACCAAGAGUCGAGAGCUGCUGGUGGCGGCUCUGCAGACUGGAGAUGACUUCAAGGCCGUUGGAGUUGACUGUGAACAUCUAGCAGCACAAAUUGAGGAACGGAUAUUUCAGGAGUUCAAAUCCACAGACAUGAAGUACAAGACGCGGCUGCGGAGCCGCAUCUCCAACCUGAAGGACCAGAAGAACCCGGAGCUGAGACGCAACGUCCUGUGUGGGAGCAUCACACCUGAACGCAUCGCCUCCAUGACGGCUGAGGAGAUGGCGAGCGCAGAGCUGAAGCAGAUCAGAGAGGCUCUGACCAAAGAGUCCAUCAGAGAACACCAGCUGUCCAAGGUCGGCGGAACCGAGACGGACAUGUUCAUCUGCAGCAAGUGUCACGGCAAGAACUGCACGUACACACAGGUCCAGACCCGCAGCGCCGACGAACCCAUGACCACCUUCGUUCUGUGUAACGGCUGCGGCAACCGAUGGAAGUUCUGCUGAACACGUGUGUGUGUGUGUGUGUGUGUGUGUGUGUGUGUAUAUUAUUGAGUAAAGAAACAAAGUCAGUAAAUAAUUAAAUUUGAAUUUGCAAAAUAUUUUUUAUUUUGUAGUUUCUUUUUUAUAAAUAUAAGACUAACAGUUGUAAUAUACUAAGAUGAAAAUAUGGAGAAGUUUCUGUUUGAUUAGUUUUGUAUGGAGCGAGCUUUAAGCACAUUUACAGUUAGGCCUGGUAAAAGUGGUGAUGAUGAUGAUGAUGCCUUUCUUUGCCUUGUUUUCCUGCCACGUAUUUUUCUUCUCGCACUUACAUUAAAGUUGCUCUUGGAUUAACAUCCAGCCCCUGA